AUGGAAGACCUGUUAAAGGCCAGCGCUCGAAUGAUCAACUUACCUUCCACGGGCCUGACAAUUCUCCUAUACCCUUGGAUUUUUUGGGUUUUGUGGACUAGCAGGAAUCAAUUGCUGUUCGAAGAUAAGUUUUUCUCGGAAACAGAGAUGGUGGCAAAAGCUAUCAAAGCGGCUAAGGAAUGGCAGGCCUCACUCCCGGACCGCAAAUUUGUCUCUGAUUCACCUAAAGACUGUCACCCAUCGAACUCUUUACCUCAGGUUCCAGCACAUUGUCACCUCAUGUGCUCAGAUGCUGCCUGGAACGGGUCUUCUUUUCAAGGGGGCUUAGCUUGGAUCUGUAAGGAUGCUGCAAACACAGUUACCUUCCAAGGAACCGAGUCCCGACGCUAUGUAUCCUCAGCUCUAACAGCAGAGGCACUAGCGUUGAAAGCCGGUCUCUCAAAGGCCAUCUCCUCCAACAUCAAAGACGUAAUCUGUUGUUCAGAUUCUAAGGUUCUUAUUGACGCGAUCACAGGAAACAAGAACGUGACCGUUAUUAGAGGGAUACUCCAUGACCUCGGCGUGUUGAGUAACUCCUUCUCCUCUAUCUCCUUUAAGUUUAUUUCUCGCAAAUGUAAUGGUCCGGCUGACCUGUUAGCGAAGAACGCUUUGUUCCUUUUGUCAAACAACCCCUCUGUGGUUGGAAACUCUAUAGACUGA